GCUGCAGUUCCCCAUCUAUCGGAACGGGUCAACAACCCUUACGAUAGCGACCGACCACCAUCAACGCAACCGGGCGAUCGCGUGGCCGAUAUAAUCGCCAGAAUGACCCAGAGCAACGCGGAGGACAGUGACGACGAUCGUACCCUGGAAUUAAGCAGCACUGACUAUUUGUACAUGGAUUCUGCAAAUGCAAGAUCCCCGUUACCAGCAGACCCUACUGAGGGCUCAUCUGAGCCUGUGCAAGCCACACAGAAAGCCUCUCAGCCGACUGAGUGCACUACAACCCAGUCAGCGUCGUCGCAAGAAACAACGGUUAGCCGGCGUGCGCUUUUGCAGCAGACGCUAUCCACUGAACUGGACUCCCGGCUGCAAGCGUUGCAGGAUGAAAGAUGCCAAAGAGCCACAGAGCACAAAGCCAGAAUGAGAAUGAUGGAAGAGGAACAUGGAUGGAAAAGACAGCAAUAUGCUGACGAGGAGAAGAAAAGAAGUUAUUUGCACAGGAUGCAAUUGCGGCUUCUGAAGGCUAAACUGAAGGUCUCCUCAAUGAAAGCGGAAGUUCUUGCCAAGCAGCUGGCCGGUGAUGAGGCAAACUAG